CGCAAGAUACUCAACAUCCAUUGGCCGGAUACCAUCAGCAAUAGCCUUCUGUGGGAGAGAACAAACCAACUUCCAGCUGAAGAAGAAAUUAGGAAAAGACGAUGGAAAUGGAUAGGACAUACAUUACGCAAAUCAUCAAACUGCAUCACGAGGCAAGCCCUAACUUGGAAUCCUGAAGGGAAGCGAAAAAGAGGAAGGCCAAAGAACACAUUGCGUCGGAUAAUAGAAGCAGAUAUGAAAACGAUGAAUUACAACUGGACGGAGCUAGAUAGGAUUGCCCAGGACAGGGUUGGAUGGAGAAUGCUGGUGAGCGACCUAUGCUCCUUCACGAGGAGUAGCAGGCGUAAGUAAGUAAGUAAGUCAAUUUGAACAUUUUGUUGUACCACGUUACUCUUUAUCUGCUCGAAUAUUCAAGCUGUUGAGAUUUCUAUCUUCAGUUUCUUAAUAAGAAUAACACUUCUGUGUUUUGGUUUAUUUCGUUUUUAUGUAACCAUAUUUAACUGGUGUAUUAUUAUUAUUACCAACGAACGUAAUACUGAUCAUUAUUUAAAAAAAUAAGUAUCUUUUUGAAAUGGUAGGGGUCUGAAAAUAAAUUCACCGAGAAGACUGCAGUGAACCAAUCUUUCUUGUCCAGGAUCGUGUUUACGCUCUGCUUUUAUAAUUUAUGUGUUUACUUCUUACAAUUAUGAAUUGGUAAGACAUUUCGAGAAUUCUUAAGUUUAAUGGUAUUGUAGAGACGUCUUGAACAUUUUUUCACUAUGUACGUUUCUAGAAUUUUAUUGCCUUACUAUCAACAACCAAAUUUCCCAGUUGUUGUUAUAGUUACCACUGAGUUGACAAUGAAUAAAUAAAUUAUAUGAUUUCCUUUUCAUCUUCACUGCCAACUAAAUUACCAUUUAUCUCACGUAUUCGAUGUGUUCACAGUUAGUGGAAUAGUAGUAACCUAGUGGUUAAAACUCAACUUUUACCCAAUAGGUCUCAAGUUUUAAUCAAUAUAGAACUUUUUAUUAUUGAUAGUGAUUAUAAAUAUGUACAGUUCCUUUGGAUUUUUAGUAUACUACCUAUAAUUCAUCUGUUUUGUUUUGAUGACACUUGUCACGAUUAAUGAAAUAUUAGUGUCAUGAGGUGUCCUGGCAUCACCACUAUUCCCUAAUUAUCACUCUUUAUUCUCUGAUUGCUUUCUCAAUUUGUUGUUUGCUCACUUUUUCGACCAAUUAUUUCAGUUGUGAAGCGUUCGUUCUUCCUCACACUUCAUUACUUCAAUGAAUAUUUAUUUUAGGGUUUGUCGUUGGAAUCAGAAAGGAUUCGACUCUUUAAAGAGUAUAUUAUUUCAAUUGACAACUCAAACGAAGACUCUCAUCGGUCUCGUAAAGAUAAACACCUAUACGAAAGGUUGGUUUUUAAAGCAUUUCUAUAGGAGUUUUUAUGGUUUAGUCAACCUUUUUACAUUAGUGUAUCAAUUCCCCACUUAUUUUUGAGGUUUCCUGUGUAACAUGGGAACUUUAUUCCUUUUCUCUCUUAAUCAAUUUCAUGGGGGUAGGCUGAUUAACUUACAGACAACCGAAUUGCUUACUAAUAUCAAUUGUUGGGAUAUUAAGAAAUCAUUGUAAUCUGGCACAUACAGCAUCCAUAUCCUUGUUUUAAAAUUUUUCGAAAUCUAAAUUUAGAACCUUCAUUUAGAUUGUGCUCGACAGUGGGAUCUAGUUGCUUCUGUCGCCCUAUUAUGGACGCGUUAACGGGAUGUACCUGUAUUCCACUAUUGACGUCCAUACUGAAGCUUGAACCUCAAUGCCUGUCGCUUCAAACACUGACUCAUUCAUUGAGCUACUUAGUCUUGAUAGAGCCACUAACUUGUGCAACGCGUACAUAGGUAAUCUUUCGUUGUUUAUAUUCCAGAAUUCACAUGUCUAUACCAAAGUAAUCCUCCUAAGUUGAACAUUUGAAAGCAAAAACUGAUCAGUUAUAGUCUCUGUAUAUCAACAACGGGAAAUUAUGAAUCCUUAAUAAUUCAUUUUAUAUUUUGUAGUGAGUGUAUGCCACUAAGGACACGAUAUCAAAUCUAGGGGGACUAGAUAGAUCAAAAAGCAAGCCAAGAAAACAAUUCUAAACAAGGAAUCAAAGUAAUGAUGGGCGUCAAUACAUAAGAUACGUCAACCUUAAGUACAGGAACGGAAAAUUAGACGAAACGGAAAUGUUUACUCCUCUGCAUAUGAAUAUAUUGUAGACAUUAAUGUAGAGAGAAAAUUAAUGGUCAAUCCUAGCAGUAGUGAUUAUACAAUUACGAGAAAGAUAAAGACAUUUUGGCAAGACGUUUACGCUACGAAGGACCAUGAACGACAAUGACGUUGUUUUGUGAAUUUCCAAAAAUAAAUUAAUUCAAAUAAAAAGGAAACAUAUUCACCUUUUAUAACUGACAAAUACACUUUAAAGCGGCACUUGUUUUAUUUUUCUAAGCUAGCAAUUGCUUCGGUUAAACAAAUGAUGAUUAAACUGCAGUCUGCUUCUAUUCAAGAUGUUGAAAAAGAUGUCGAUGCAGUGAAAGAUCAGAAAAAGAAACAAACUGUUUCCCCUUCCCCAGGUCCUUCAGAACAUAGUCAUACUCGUAGGUCGGACGACGAAAGGGGAUCAUCACAGAAACCUAAACAUCGUAAAUCAAAGAAAUCAAAACAUCGCAAAUCAAAGCACCAUAAGCAUCACAAAAAUACAGAUAAGCGUCAAGAUGAAGAAUUAGAAGAAGGAGAAGCUGCUGAUGACGAUGACGAGGAUGAUGAAGCUGUGAAUCCUCAAACAAGUGAUCGUGCCAAUCCCCUCAGUGGUAGUAAACGUCAUCGUCAUCAUCGACGUGGCCAACGCUCUCGGACGUCUGACCCUGAGGAUGGUGAAGAAGUGGACAGUACUAGUGAUGGAGAAUUUUAUGACCGUGAUUCGAAGCGUAAAAGACGUUAGCAUUGUAAAACGGUCUUAUAAAUUUUUUGGUUGUGUACAUAAUAGCAUAUCAUCCUGUUAGAUUGUUUUUGUCGUUUCUGACAUUGAAAAGUUUUUAUUGGUCCAUUUCAGCAUCAGGUCUGCUGGUAUCGCUAUACUUCGUGUAAACUUUAUGUGUUCUUUGGUAGUUCACUUUAAAAAGUUUCUCUCUAUAUCUGUUCUAUCUAAGUAACUAGUCAAAACGUCCCAUUCUAAGCAAAUCUGGCUAUUCGUGGUAGUUAAAUUCGGAUUCUUGUUUAGAUUAGAAGUGAUUUUGGGAUGAUGGUCGGUUACGUUAUUUGCUUGUAAUUUACAGGAUGAAUGUCUUACGACUAGUUAGUAAGGACGGUUGGCGUUUUCUGUUAAACUAAAGGUCUUAAACUAUUCCGUUGCCUUUUCUCUGUGACUUCUUCCUAGGAUUUUAAUCAACAAGUGGGGAUUAAGAAACUGUCGAGCAGUAUAUAUUAUUAUUUUGUUAUUGGUAAUAAUUUUGUCACGAAUGUAGUUUGUGGUUCCAACUCAGUUUAUCAACUGAUGUAUAGGUUGUUUAUUUUCUGAUGAUCCCAUCUGUUUCAGAAAUGUUUGUUUUUAUUGUGCUGAUUGGACAAAUAAAUAUGUACACUUCAGGUUAUACUGUAGGUCGCCUUUAGUUUAUUGCUAUCGGAUUAUUUAGCUGCCAAAGUAUUCUCACCUGAAUAAUAUAAUUUUUCGUGUUGUCUUGUUAGACACUCAGUGCGUAUACUUUUAAUUAUAGCACAUCUGUGAAUACUGGUCGUUUAAUACGUCAAUAAUAAUAAGUCUUGCACUUCUGCC